UUCCUUGUUAGACCAAAGAGAACCCUGUACAGUAAGAAAUAUGGCGUGGACCUCAUCAGAUACACUCAUGCAGCAAACACAGUCGUUUACAGCUCUAACAAAAUAGACGAUACUAUUCGUUACCUGUCCUUGCAUGACAACAAAUACAUCAGAUACUUUCCUGGACAUAGCAAAAGGGUGGUGGCUUUGUCCAUGUCACCUGUGGAUGACACUUUCAUUUCUGGGUCUCUUGAUAAAACCAUUCGACUCUGGGAUCUCCGAUCUCCUAACUGCCAGGGUCUCAUGCAUCUACAGGGCAAGCCGGUUUGUUCUUUUGAUCCAGAAGGAUUAAUUUUUGCUGCAGGUGUCAACUCUGAAAUGGUCAAACUUUAUGAUCUUCGCUCUUUUGAUAAGGGUCCGUUUGCAACUUUUAAGAUGCAAUACGAUCGGACUUGUGAAUGGACAGGACUUAAGUUCAGCAAUGAUGGUAAACUCAUCCUCAUUUCCACCAAUGGCAGCUUCAUUCGUCUCAUCGAUGCAUUCAAGGGAGUGGUGAUGCAUACAUUUGGGGGUUAUGCCAACAGUAAAGCUGUCACACUGGAGGCCUCGUUUACUCCAGACUCCCAGUUCAUUAUGAUUGGUUCAGAAGAUGGCAAGAUCCAUGUCUGGAAUGGAGAGAGCGGGAUAAAAGUAGCUGUGUUGGAUGGCAAACACACAGGCCCCAUUACCUGUUUGCAGUUCAACCCCAAGUUUAUGACCUUUGCCAGCGCAUGUUCCAACAUGGCCUUCUGGUUGCCCACCAUUGAUGACUGACCCUCAUGCUGCUCAGCUGUUUUCUGUACAGUGAGGGUGGACAGCAGGAAAAAACUUAAGAGAGGACUACGAUAAUAGUGGGAUUGAAUCAUUUGACUGGGCUGGAGAACAUCCUUCCACAUGGCCUUCCUAAGGAUGUGCUGUACAUCUGCUCAAAAGAAAACAAAUUGCUUUGCUGAGCUUCUUCAAAAGGACUCUUGGUGUGGCAGAUUCAAUUGGGACUUGGAUUUUCCAGCUGUCACUGCACUGAGCUCCUCCGGAGGAGUGACCAGACUCAUGAUUAGGGUAUGGUGGGGCCCACAAGAUGCCUCCAAUUUUGAAUGUAUUUGCUGAUGAGGAGUCGGUAAAGUUGUCAAUUCGCACAUCCCUUCUCCCACCCCCGUAAAUGCAUGGGAAGCCGCAGUUCUGGUUGCUAGAUGCUAGGGCAGCUCAGUGCCCCUUGUCCUCACCCUGCAUGUCUUGUUACUGGGUCUCCCUGUGUCGUUGUGGCAUUAUUCCACAGCCAUCAUGUUACUUAGGUGCCAAAUAUUUACAGAAAAAAAGUCUCCAUGUAUCUUAGGGUCAGAAAGGGACAGGUACAGAAGGACCUUGCUUGCCAGGAAGCCCUGCAAAUUAGUCGUGUGAGGGUGGGUGAUUUGGGGGUGGGUGAUUUGGGUAUGCCACAGGCUCUGGGUGUUGGGCGGAAAGAAGGCCAAGAGCCUGAAAGGGAGGGAAAGGAGGGGUAGCAAGUGAGUUCCUAGGGCCGGGAGGUUUAGAAGCAGCCUGGUGUGGUCCCCCAUCAUCAAAACAAACCUGCGGUCCUUCUGGGUGCCUGCCAAGCUUGGUUGUAUACAAAAGUAAGGUGGGCAUCUAUUUUUGUACAUGAGCUACAUCGCGCUUUCCUGUGGGCCAGUAUUGUGGAGUGAGUCUGAGUUGUUUACACUGAUGCCUUCCCUGCCCACCACAAAUUGUGUACAUAGUCUCCAAAUGAUACCACCCCUUUCCCAGCUCCCAACUAAGAGCUGGCUCCAGGCCUGUGUUAUAUGUUCUAUUUAGCCUUUUUAUAUAUGACUUGGGAUUUCUGUUUGUAUUUUAGCACAGUGUGUGUACACCUUCAUUUAAAUAUAUCGUGUGUGCAUACAUAUAUACGUAUAUGUAUGUAUGCAUAUCUAUCUAUCUAUAUAUAUAUAUUUAAAAAGUAUCAGUUCAGCUGAAGGAGAUGGAGUCCUGCGCCCUGGGAGAAAAACUGCAUCCUUGCUAAUAGUGUUUGCUACAAGUGUUAGUGAGUCUUCCCUAUUACCUUUUUCCCUUUGGGAGACUGAACAAAAGCAAAGCUUUCAAGUGUUUGCUGUCCCCAUGGCAGCUAAGCGAGGGUCUUGGAAUGACUCCCCUGUGUUCUUCAAGCCACACUUUGGGGCAUUCUCUGCAGUAUUAGCCCCCUUUUUGCCUGGUGAUGCUCUGUCUGCGCCUGUCUGUGUGUGACAGUCACUUUUGCAUGCCUUUUGUGUCUGAUUCCCAGCAUUUGGGGACAGGAUGCUGGAACCAGAGCAUUUUCAGCUUGUCUGAGGCUUCUUUGCCAAUUACAGGUCACUCCUGUUUACCUGGUAAUGUCUGCUUCCUUGCUUCUUUUCCUUGCCUUCUCUUGGGGGAGGGAGGGUUCCUGAUUGGGACUGAGGUGAGCUGUGGCUAGCUCAGAGCCUUUUCUUCCCCUGCAUGGCUUCUUAGAGCAGGACAAGUGGCAUGUUAUCUCACUAAGUUCUCAAACAUUUAAGCAAGUAACACAUUCCUUGCAGAUCCAGAAACAGGCUCAACAAGGUUAUGUAUGACUUGCCGAAGAGUAGCCACUGGGGAGGAAGCAAAAGCCAUUAUUGCCUCUGUUCAGCAGCAAGAAUAGGCUGUGAAUUGCUAGCAUUUACCGUUUUGUUUGGCCUUUUUAGCAUUUACUUUUUGACUUGUUCCUCAAACUUAAGGGCAAGGGGCAUACAUCUUCCCCAAACAUAGACUGGAGUCUGCAGCUUCUGCAGUGCCACACUGUAUAGCUCUGCAUUCUCAGUAGAGGGACUUUUAGAAACCAGCUGAUUUGAGCUAUUACUGUCCACCCCAGCUUUCCAGGGUAGAAAAUUCACGGUAGGAAUAACUGUUCAGAGAGAGUACCUGGAACUGUGGGUUAACAAGAAAGACUGUCUAAUUCACGUAUCUGCAACCAGAGCAGCCACCAAGCAUGACUUGUCUAUUAGCAGGAAAAUGUAUUGAGUUCCUUUGUGGCCAGAGCUGAGGCACUGUGUCCUUUGAAAAUAUAUACUGCACAGCUUCUAUUUAUGGGGACCUGUGGCUGCAGAGCUAGCUCCUGAGAUGGAAGAAAAGGGAAAGACGCAGCUGGACGUGAUUGAAGAUGAUGUGGGAAUAAGGUAGAAUUAAGGGAAAAAAGAGUGUGGGUCAGAGAGGCUGAGGAGGACUGGGCUGCAAGGACACUCAGUGGGAGCCAGAGGUGCUUAAGCUCUCCUGGGAGUGGGGGGCAUAGCACGCUCUCAAGAGUCAGGGCCAAAGCCACUGAUUAAUAUAUGACAGUGACGCUGCACUGCUCAACCACCAGCCAGUGGGAUUUUUUUUUAGGAAAAAACUCCCCGUUGCAAUCAUAAUUAAUGCUUAUUAAGAAAAAUCUGAGAAUUUUAAAAAGAAUCACCCAAAUGUUUGCCACCCAAAUGUUACCACUGUUAAUCUUUUGGUGUUAAAUGUUCCUCUAGACAUUUCUGUGCAUAGAUUCUUGGUGUGUUUACAUAGUUGUUACUCUACUGUAUAUACAAUUUUAUGUCCCUUUUGUACUUAACAUAUAAACAUUUUUUCCAUGUUAUCUGUCUUAAA